UCUUGUCGUGAGCUACGUGCAGAGUUCACAUCUACCACCAAAUAUCUUAAUCGACCAUCCCAUGAAGACGUAUCAGGGGCGCGCACAUCUCACUAUUCUCAAGCCAUCUGGAGAGCGAAUUAUUUUGUUUUACGAGCAUCAGUGAACUUACAGCCUGCGAUGCUUGUGUUUAUACGAUUAUUGAUUUGUUAAUAAUGCGUACGGAUUUGUGCACAUUUAAAGGCUUGAUUUGAUUUAUUUAUUGUCGGUUAUUAGAAGGUAAAAGGUGUGUUAUAUCGCGGAAGCACAGAAUUUGAGCUCUUUAAUCUGUUUGGGUUUGUGAUCGAGCAGGAGGGAGGAGUGGCAAAGAAACGGCUGGCUCCUGAAUUCUGAAUCCUGCCUAAAAUCCACAAAGAUGAUAUAUCUGCCAGUGUUAUCCAUGAGCUCAGAUUUACAGCAUUACAGUUUCAGGAUGCCGAAUAUAGGGUUCCAGAACCUUCCCCUCAAUAUCUACAUUGUGGUCUUUGGGACGGCCAUUUUCGUCUUCAUCCUCAGCCUACUCUUCUGCUGUUACCUGAUUCGGUUACGGCACCAGGCACACAAAGAGCUCUAUGCAUACAAGCAGGUUAUUCAGAAGGAAAAGGUCAAAGAAUUAAACUUGCAUGAGAUUUGUGCGGUGUGUUUGGAGGAAUUCAAGCAGAAAGAUGAGUUGGGGAUCUGCCCGUGUAAACAUGCCUUUCACAGAAAGUGCCUUAUUAAAUGGCUGGAGGUGAGGAAGGUAUGCCCGCUGUGCAACAUGCCCGUCUUGCAGCUGGCGCAGCAGCAGAGCAUGUCUGAAUCUGUGCCCCCAACGCAGCAUCCUCUGCCUGGAGUGGAGAACCUGGUGUAGCCCCUCCUGUUUCUUCUAAAAAUGUGACCACCACUACCUUUACACUCCCUCCUGUAUAGGUACACGAUCAUAUCCAAGAACAGAGCACAGGAUUUGUGCCCGGAGCCACGGUGACCUGUGACCUAUAUAUGUUCAUGUCCUGCCUUGGUGGCUUUACAAUUUUUUUUUUCUUUUUUUCCAAAUUACAAUAAUAUAUGAUUUACUCAAUCUAUCUUAUUUGGGUUAAGCUUUUUUUCCCUGUGGGAUAAUGACACAAAGAAUUGAGUUUACUUGGCAAAGCCAUGAUUAAAGUAACUGUUCCACACCAAAGCACUUUUGAGGACACCAGUGAGAGGCAAAUAGAAGACAAGGACUAAAAAAUAACAUGCAAAUAAAAGACAAGGACUAAAAAAUAAAAAUAAAAUAACAUUAAAAAUACAUUAAAAAAGAAAAAAAAACAGAAACUUUUUUAAAUAAAGUUUUUUUUUUUUUCAAGCACUUUACACAAAACUCAAAUCUAGUUGCUUGUGAUAGUAGCAAGAUCUUGUUUUAUAUUUUAUGAUUUCAAACUUUUUUAGAGCCACAGAGCAAACCAUUGGUUUUAUUUUCAUUAGAGAGGGUUACAUUUAUACUGUAUAUUAAAGGGAUAGCAGCUCUCCAGUGUGUAUAUGUUUGUUUGUGUGAGUGUUUAUGUAUUGAGGGUCAGUAGAAUGGCUGUAUCAAUAGAUACGGUUCGCAAUGACCUUUAGCUGGUGGCCAAAACAAAUGUGAAUGCAGAGUUUGUCUUAUUAAGGCCAGGAUGUGACCCAGCAGUAUUUGAUCUGUGGAUGUCUUUAUAUUUGAAAUGCUUUUUAACUGAGGGCUGUGUUAAACACACACAAACACACGUCAGUACAUUUGAGUUCAAGGCCGUAUUCGAUGAGAAUUUGAACAUAACCAAAAAGGCUAAGGCAAAAAAAAACAAAAAAAAAACACCAGUGGUCUGAUACACAUUGUUGUCACUUAAACUUUAGCAGAUAUUCUAAAAAAGAAAAAUCUUAUUAUGCCGGCCCACACUUACUCUAAACCCCUUAUGUUUUCACAAAGUCUUCAUAGUUAAAGUAUUAGUCGGUUUCUGGCUUAAUUUUUCCCAUCCACAGAGAGUCUUUUUUCAGUUUGUUCAUCAUCUGCAGAGUUUUGCAGAUGUGUUAUAGAACUAAUGGAAAUAGUUGCAAAUCAAAUGAGGGGUUUUAACCAAAUUUAAACUGAACAAAAUGUCCCAAAGUAUUUUUUGUCUUUUUAUGAAUUAUUGCGUAAAUAUCCCGGGUACUGUUGAUAUAGUUAUUACAUAUUGCACAUGAAGCUGUGGCUCUAUGCAAAACAGCCAAUGUGUGUGUGUGUGUGUGUGUGUGUGUGUCUGUGUGUGUUCAUACCAGCUCUCAUAUUGUGCUGCAUAGCUUUCUGAAAAUAUACUUGGCAUAAAACCCCAGAUCUGUCUCCAAGAAAUAUUAAUAAAUGAAAUGCCACACUAGUGAGUCAAAUCAAACUAGACCGAAACAAACUAAGAUUGACCUGAAGUUGCGUACACAAUCUAGUCUACAGUUAGUAGUAUCAUUCCAGCUUCUUUCAAUAAAUAAGUCCAGCACAACACAGAAUCCUCAGCCAUUCAGAUCAAUGACCAGCAGGUGGAUUCAAUCAGCAGGAAAGGCCGUUCUUUAUUCUCUGUAAUAUAAUAGAAGCUCUGGCUCUUUCCUGCUCUAUUAUACAGCUAUUUUGCAGGGUCAUUCCACCAACCUGCCAUAGGGUCUGGCUGGGUCUCUGAGCCCUCCAUGCUAAGCCACUCUAGAAGGGAAAUAUGUAUGAUAUUACAUAUAGGGACUGAAAACAACACCACAAACGAUGCCAGAUAUGACAACUUUAUUUUGAUGCCAAGCAGAAUUAUCUGAAGCAAGUAAUGUUUUAUUUAAACCUAAACUAAAUCAGCACUGGUUUGGUUUAAAGUGCUGAUUGAAUGGAUUACUACCCAUUCAUUGCCAAGCAAACUGCCCACCACAUUCUGCAAUGUAUCUUCGUGUUUUUGAAAGCCUAGAUUCAGAUUGUGAAUUAAGUUGAGCGUAUUUAAUUUUAAUUUAUUGUAAAUUUUUUCACAUAUGGAGAAAUGAAAAGACAUUUCUUUUGGCUUUUUUUUUUUUUUUUUUUUUUGGUUUACUCUGGUACUGUCUUAACAAAAUGUAAAACACUGAGGGUUUCCUUUAGACUUGUAAUUCCUUAUCAUGGACAAAUAUUGUUGAGUCCUAAAUUAGGAUCUCUCCUUCAUCUCUGUGGCGUUUGUAACACAGCAGGUCUUAAAGUGUCACUCUGAUCACGAAUGUAUGCAUAUAGAGAGCUGUGGUUCAACUGUGUCAAUAUAAUGUGAAAGUAGUUGAAUGUGUCUAAAAUCAAGAAUUACAUUACUGCACUUUUUCAUAUUCUUCCGUUUUGGUGCCUCUCCAUUGAGGCAGAACUGAAAUGGCGCAAAAAAAAACAAAAAAAAAAACGGUUAUUUAUUGUGUGCUUAUGUUUAAAACCCAUAACAUUUCAGUAGUACUAACAGCUCUACGUUAGUGCGAAUGCAGAUUUAGGCUUUGUGGAGAUUGUUAAAAGCUAUUUCAAAAUCCACAAUUGGUUUGAAAACAUAUCUAGAAAACUGGAGGUCAAAUUAGCGUGUUUAUACUGUGAUAGGUUACAUUUUUGCUCAAUAUAUUCAAACUAAUGUUUUCUACUGAUCAUUACUGCGAGUGCCAUAUCUGGUUGACCAGUUGUAUUUUGAAAAGGCAAAAUUACGAUUUCAGUUGCAACUUUGCAACUUCUGUUUGUUCCUAACAGGCUUUUUAGACUAGGUAAAGAUUUCAUUGUUGGAAACAAAAAAGGCUGUUGGGAAGAUAUUGGCAGUAUUAUUCUGUUGUAAAGUAGUCGUUUUAUAGAAUGUGGUCAAGAGUCACUAAGGCACAUGAUGUUAUUCAAACAUUUUUUUAGUAUUUCAGUCAAAACUGAACUGCCAAUGUAUCAACUAUCCCAUUCAUAAGUCAUUAUGAAUCACCAUGACAAUUGGACAUGUUCUUUUAAAUCCUCACAGCACUCUGUUGCCUCUGAGAUAACCUAAUCUUGCUCCACCCCUCACUAUUAUGACCUCACAGAUGUAAACAUGACCCCUUCCCUUCUUGUUUUAACACUGCUAAUGUUUGUGAAUCUCACAAACAUGUUUGUAAAAGUAAGAAUUCUGCAGCAGAAUAUUUUCUGUACAGUAUUUGUAAACUAUAUUUUUGUAUAUUUAAUCAACAUUUUGAAGAAAAUAAAAAAUGCAAAGAUGCUUUUUUUUCUUCCUUUUGCUAAUUUUGUGUUAUAUUCAUUAAAAUAUGUUGCAUGUGACUGACUUGAAUUGUAAAUAAAGUUGCCAAGUUUUUGAAA